AUGAUGGACCUGGUGAAGAUUGCCGUGUCUCUUCAUAUCCUUCUAUGUCCUGUAUGGACCCGGCAUCCCUACUUGGAAAGCAUCCUCCCAGCCCGCUCGGCUUUGGGGUUCCUGGAUGUUCUGAAGACAUUUGACCCCUGCUGUCUCAUGUCACCACCUCCGCCGCCGCUCUUCCCUCCUCCGCGUCAGCUUUGGAAGCGAGCAAGUCCUGACACCAUCAGCCUACUGGAACCAUCGGUUGUCAGAGGCGAAGUGGAGGAAAAACCAAAGCCUGUGAGCCAUGAGUGUUCACCUGGACCCCCAGGACCUCCAGGACCUGUGGGCCCAGAGGGUCAAAGUGGAUUACCUGGAAUUCAAGGACCAAAAGGGGAGAAGGGAGAAAUUGGGCGACCGGGGUCAAAGGGGCGCCCUGGUGCUCCAGGCCUUCCAGGAAAACCAGGAUUCCCAGGACUGCCUGGUCCAGAAGGACAUAGGGGGGAGAAGGGAGACCCAGGACUCAUGGGGUUACCAGGGCUGCGGGGUCCACCAGGACAAAAGGGUUUACCUGGUCACCGAGGCGACAAGGGUGAACGGGGUGACCCAGGCCCGACUGGACCAAGAGGAGACAAGGGUUCCACUGGCGCGCCUGGGAUACUUGGGCAGAAGGGUGAGCCGGGCUGGAAGGGAGAGCCGGGUGUUUCAGGGAAGAGAGGACCAACUGGGAGGCCAGGAAAGAGAGGCAAACAGGGUACAAUGGGCCACACAGGAGCCCCAGGACUCAUGGGCCCACCAGGACCACCUGGUCCCCACGGUCUUCCUGGCCCGCCUGGACCUCCCGCCUCAGGUCUCUUUUUAGUGGGGGAGAAGGGAGAGCAGGGUCCACCAGGUCUACCGGGUCACUGUGACUGUAACCCUGGAGGAAAUAAUGCUCCUUUUGGACAUUAUUACACCCAACGACGCGGCAGCAAUAAACUCACUGCAAUAUUUGUGGUGAACAGUGAGGAGGAGAUGGGCCGCAUACAUCUAGACACUGCGAUAGCGCUCAGAAGGGACGAGAGGAUGCUUUACUUUAAAGAUAAAGAUGGCUGGAGCCCCUUACAGCCCUUUCAGCCAUUUCAGUCCACGGAGAAAGUCCCAGACCCAGUCGCCGUUUGUGGGGACGGGAAGGUGCAGGCCCAGCACGGGGAGGAGUGUGACGAUGGAAACCAGAUCGUCACCGAUGCCUGUCUUAACUGUAAAUGGGCGUACUGUGGAGAUGGUUACCGACAUGAAGGGAUGGAGGAGUGCGAUGGGAAAGACUUUGGCUAUCAGACCUGUAAAUCCUACCUUCCUGGAUCCUUUGGGCAGCUCCAGUGCACCGACUCCUGCCUCAUUGAUUCUACCGGCUGCAAGUACUUCACCUGAGUUCAUCGCUGAAAGAAAUCAACCA